AAAACUUGGUAUUUUUCAUUUGCUGUUGACUCUCAAAUGCUGAUUAGAUUAAUGCUGCUAAAUAAUUAUUAGGUUGUUGACACUUUUCAAGAUGCCCCAUAGUAUCUCCAGCUCUCACUUUCGUGAGGCUCCUUAUGAUAUUUCCUUCUCUGGGUCUGGAUUCCUGGCUACCUAUCAGCUCGGGGUUGUUCUGUGCUUCCUGCAGUACACACCCUGGAUCCUGCAGUCGGCUCCCCACGUCCUCGGUGCAUCUGCCGGAUCUGUGGUAGCAGCUGCAGUUGUCUGUAAAAUCAACCCAUCUGCCAUUCAGGAUGAGCUAAUCCUUUUGGCCAAACAGGUGAUGGCUGCCCCGCUUGGACCACUGAACCCUUCCGUCAAUGUUUUCAAGUGGUUGGAAAGGGUUUUGCGCAAGCACCUUCCUUCGGAUGCACACCGUUUUGCAAGUGGUCGCCUUGGUGUUGCUGUGACACGACUGUCAGAUGGAAAGCACCUAAUCAUGUCUGAAUUUCAGUCCAAAGAAGAUGUAGUGAAAGCUAUCCUGUGUAGCUGUUUUGUCCCUGGAUAUUGUGGCUUUCUGCCACCAGCCUUCAACGGAGUGCACUACAUUGAUGGUGGCUUGAGUGGAAUCCAGCCCUUCCUCUCUGAGCUGUCCAGUCACACACUAACUAUUUGCCCAUUCUCUGGAGAAGCUGAUAUAUGUCCAGCUGAUCCUCCUUGUAUGAUGGACCUGGUAACUCCUGGAGCUCUUAUUAAGCUCAACAUGGCUAACACCUUCAGAAUCAUCAAUUCUCUUUACCCUGUGACUUUAGAGGCUGUAGAGCAAGCCUACAGUUUUGGCUACAAAGAUGCCACCAACUUCCUUCAGAGCAAUGAUGUUGCUCUUGCUAAGAUAGGGGUGAGUGUAUCCCACUGGUUCUCAAAUGGUAACUCCACCAAUCCAAAGACAUCCAAGGUGGAGGAGCAGAAGAUGAACGGAGGGGAACAAACCGACCCGAAAACAGUUUUCAAAGAACACCGAUCCAUGCAAAUGUUCAGCUCCACCGUGCAAGAACCCAGAGAAGAUCCUCUUCACCAUUUUUACUUAAUGAAGAAUGUUUUGAUGGGGAAUGUGACAACUUACCUGAGUAUGCUUGGGUUACCAGUGAGGAUCUUCUCUCAUCUGCUUCUACCUCUCGUGGUCUCAUUCUAUGCUGUGCUCCAAAGUAGACAAGGACUGAAGAAGCUGCUUAAAGAAGUCCCUGAGUUUCUUGUUUGGAAUUGGUAUUUCAUGGGACAUUGUGGGCUUUUCUUCCUGAACAUUUUCAUCUGUAGCCUCAAGAAAGUAAUAAAAGACCGGUUAACGCAGAUCUUCUUGCUGCUGCACUGGCUAAAGGUUUACAAACAGCACAAAGCCAUGUGAGAGGAGCAGGAUCUAUUACUUUCUGACAUACCUUUUGAUUUCAAAAGAAAUCAGCUGCAGGAACAUCUGAAAAAUGAUGAGUCUCUUUAUCUCAGGUUCUUAGAACCACAGAAAAACAGUGUACAUGACUUGCACA